GGUUUUCCCCAACCUACCGAGCAACCCUAACUGCCAACCAAUCCGGGCAGGAGUGCAGCGCUCUCCUUUUCCAUGAGCAGCGAGGACUGUAGGAGUGAACGGUGGGCGAGGGAGCAUAAGCGAAGAUCAUCUCAAUGCUAUCAUAGCAUACAAACCCGCCAUGUGUAUGCUCCGGUUUGCUUGGUAGGGGAAUGGUCCAUACGUUGAGGUACAGCACACACUUGCAGGAGAGAGAGUCGACCUAUACCACUUUUUUUCCCUCUCACCCACCGCACAUGGGUAUGUGUGACGAAUAACUGAAUCGUGCUCUUCCGCUCUUCUGCUCUGCUCUUCUCUUCCCCGUAGAGCACGCAUGUGCAGAAAGGGACACAGAGAGGCCAAUGCAUCACCGAUACCCACUUUAAAAUUACUUCCUCAAUCCCAAGCCGCACUCUUUCAAAACGAUUAUAUACUCACCCAUCCGUCCCUCCGUCAUCUCCUCCUCCUCCCCCCCCCCCACACCCACACACACCACGCACUGCAAUUCAUUAUCCAUUUUCACCGUUUUCACGAAAAACGAUUACUCUGCGCCAUGCAUUCAUGUUCCGCUCCUCGAGCGACAAAAACCCCACGGCGCCGCCGCCGUCUUCCACCCCGCUACUCUACCUCACCGCUCACAUCGUCCGCGACAUCGUCCUCGUCGACAUCGACCGCCGCAUCUUCCCUCAAGUCGUUAAAGUCCUUCUUCAGCAGUAGCUCUUCGGGCAGCAGUGGCUCGCAGCGCAAGCAUUUGCUGCACAAAAUAUCCUCACCCUUCGAACUCGCGGCCGGAAACAUCAGAAAAGGGAGGGGAAGAACCAUGAGUAGAAGGGUGGGAAUCGGUAUCGUCGGAGCAGGUGUUGGGGAUGGAUUAUUAGGAAGGCAUAAGAAGCCUAGCACGUUGGAUUUCAGAUGCAUCGGGGAAGAAUUGGUUAGAGUUUCAACCAUCAGGCUGAACAUGUUUGCCCAUAUUGGGGGUUUCGAAGGUUUGUCUCAUAUCCGUCGUAUGUGUUGGUUGUUGAAUCCUGACUAAUUCUUUUUAUCUCUAGAUGCUCCCAAGAUUCCAUGGGAAAUCCCACAAAUAAAUGAUUGGGAUAGUAACUGGUUUGCACACAUUUGUUAGCCAGGCAAUGCGCCCCCCCAACUCCUAUCAUCACCAUCAUCACCACCAUAAUCACCACCAUCAUCACCAUCACUAGCAUUGUUAAAGAAAUGAAAAAAAAAGAUGAAAAAAAGCACCCACAUGCCCCCCUCCAGCACAACGGACAACACGAGUUUCCUAUCCUAUCACACCCGGCAUUAAUCACUUAGCUCCCCUUUUUCUUUCUACCGUACCUUACUCUAGUCUUCCUUGCUUCACUUUACUUUACUUCACUUCACCAGGUUUACUUUUUAUACUCUUACCCUACUUUUUCAAUUUCCUUCACACUACCGAUACUGUACCCAGAACAGCAAACUGGGGGCGAAAAAGAAAAAGAAAAAAAGACGAGAAACGAAUGAUGAACGAACGACGGAAACGAGAACGAGUCCCUUUUGUCAAGCUCUGUACGAUAAUAAUGUAUUCUAGUCAAAUGUUUUUCUUGUUCCUUGUCCUGUACUGUAUAAUAAUAAGAUUGUGUGCCGGCGGUGCACAUUACCUC